AUGAAGAAGACAUUCCAACUAUUACUCACCAUUCUAACUUUCUUCAUCAUUCUUGAGCUAGGUUUUAUUGGGGAAUAUGCAACAAGCCAACAAAGAAGACCAGAACAAUGUUAUGUUAAUAUUCCAAACAAAUCCGGAAAAUGCGUUCCUGCAGAAUGUAAAGCUGCGUGUACGAAGAUGCACAAGGUCAGUGCAAGUAUUUGCCUACCUCCUGGGACGUGCCACUGCUAUUAUUUUUGCUCUUAA